UGCCGGUUAGAUCCAAGGCUUUAUAAGGUGCCCCCACCCAAAAAUAUCACUUCAAAAAGUAACACAUUUACAUUUACGAGAUUUACUCUUUGAUAUUUCUAAAUCAAAUGAACUGUCUACAGAAUCUUCUGAGAUCCUCAGCUUUACCUUUGCAAAGCUGCAAAUUCAAUAAACGAAAGUCUCCUUGCUCUUUUAAUUCACUGGGAAUGAUGAACUCUGUUGAUCUAUAUCCAAGUUUAGCCGUUAAGGCAAUUUCUGGAUCUACAUCAAGUAAAGAGAUGAACAACUCUGAAUUGAAGGAGGAAAAAUCUGAUAUCUAUAGUAAUAACAUGACAGAAGCUAUGGGUGCAGUUUUGACCUAUAGGCAUGAACUAGGAAUGAAUUACAACUUCAUUCGUCCAGACUUGAUUGUGGGAUCUUGCCUACAGACUCCUGAAGAUGUUGACAAGCUUCAUCAAAUUGGAGUGAAAACCAUAUUUUGCUUGCAACAAGAUCCAGAUUUGGAAUAUUUUGGAGUUGACAUCAAUGCCAUUCAGGAGCAUGCCAAGACAUAUGAUGACACGCAACACUUGCGUGCUGAAAUAAGGGACUUUGAUUCAUUUGAUUUGAGGAUGCGGCUUCCAGCUGUGGUUGGUAAAUUGUACAAAGCCAUCAAGAGAAAUGGAGGUGUUACAUAUGUGCAUUGUACUGCUGGACUAGGAAGAGCUCCUGCCGUCAUGUUGGCAUACAUGUUCUGGAUUCAAGGCUAUAGACUGAGUGAAGCUCACAGACUUCUGCUGCUUGGUUUUUUUUGUCUCUUGCAGAGUGAGCGCUCAUGCUUCCCAAAACUGGAUGCUAUAAAAUAUGCAACUGCUGAUAUUCUUACAGGCUUCAGAAAGAAGCCUAUCACCUUUUCAUGGAAAAAUAAAAAUUGCAGUUCUGUGGAAAUAUCUGGACUGGAUAUAGGAUGGGGCCAGAGAUUGCCUCUCACGUACGAUGAAAAACAAGGUCUUUGGAUUAUGAAUAAGGAACUUCCGGAAGGACACUAUGAGUACAAGUAUAUUGUUGACGGCAAGUGGCUAUGCAACAAUGAUGAACAACGUACCUCUCCCAACAAAGAUGGCCAUGUCAACAACUAUGUUGAUGUCAUUGAUGAUGAUGCAACAAGUGUCAAGUUAGCCCUACAGAAGAGGUUGAGUGAUGACGAUUUUGAUCUCACGGAGGACGAACGGCACAAAGUAAGGCAAUUUCUUGAAUCUCUUCCUAACGAUGAGUAAAUUACAAAGGCAAUACAAGUUUUUAUCUUCUUGUAAAGUUAUAAACGAAACGAUAUGUUCUAAAUAAAAGAAUGUAUUAUCACGAAAUGAUGUAGUACCUAAAACAAAUAUCAAUAAAUGACAUUAAAAGCUCCAUCGAUGAAUUGGAGUUGAAUGAAA